AUGAAAGUAAAAAAGUUAGUAAAAUUUUUAUCUUUAUUAGCUGUAGGUUUAUUAAGUAAUAAAAUAAAUAAUGAGUAUGGAUUUACAUCUUAUACAUUAAAUUGUAAUGCCGAAAUAAUUAGAAGAUCCACCUAUGGUUAUAACAAAGAAAUAUUAAGUGAUUCUGUAAAUGUAAUAUUAGAAAAUGCUCAUAAAAAUAAUAUAGGUAUAAUUCAUAAAAGUGUUAGAGAAUUAUUAAGUGGAAGGUAUGAUAGUUUAAAUCCUCAAAAAGUUUUAUUAAGAAUAUCAAAUAUUAUAAAACAUGGACAUAUAAAUAAUUUAUGUGAUAAUAAUCAAUCAUAUGUAAUAAUAGAUAUUCCUCAUAUCAUAUUUAAUGCUAAUCUUAUUGGUGAUCCAGAAUUACAAAGAAUAAAUUAUUUAAUAAGUAAUAUCUUAAAUAACUUAGAUGUAUGUUCUUCAAAAAGAAAAAAUCGUAUUAAACUAAAAUCAAAUGUAACAAAUGGAUGCUUAUCACAAUCAGAUAAAGAUAUCAUUUUUGAUCCAACCAAGCCUAGCAAUAGUAGAAAUAAAGGUUUACAGUUGUCUCCUAGCAAUAAAUUUUUUAGUAUAUUAUUAAAAUGUUCAGUUGACAACUUAGGUUCAGGUGAUAGUACUAUGGAAUGUGUUCAAAAGGAGCUAGCCAAAGAUAAUAAAAAAAUGUCAGAUACAUGUUCACAAUGUUUCAAAGAGUCAGUAAAUUGUGGAAAAUCAAAUUGUUGGCUCCCAUGUUUAUUUGGAAAUCCAUGUAGUGAUAGAUGUUAUAAUUGUGGUGUUAAUUAUUGUAAUAAGGAAUUAAUCCGAUGUACAGGUUUACAGAAUUUACCAGGUGCAUGUUCUUAA